CACCCUCCUCACCCCCGGCCAGACAUCCAGCCUGGAGCCCCAAACCUGCUCCCUCAGAUGCCCGGCUCUCAUCCUCAGGUCCAGUCUGAGGCAGACCUGUCCCACAGGAGAGCCCUAGAGUCCAUGGCGACAGCAGCAGCCCCAAGGCUCCUGGCAGACCCAACAGGCCUCAGCAACCUGACUCCUGCAGACCGUGAUCCUUGCUGCCUGUCCACUCCUGGGCAGCCCGAGCUUGUGCUCUGGAAGCUGUUUGAUACACAGAGGCCAGACAUCAGCCUUCUCGCUGACUCUGGGGUGGGGGAGGCUAUGAAGGGAUGCGUGGUUGUGUGAGUGUUUGCGUGUAAAAUGUGAGUUCACAUAGGUACACGGGGCUAUGGAUACUCGUCUGUGUGCACAGGUUUGUGGAUCUGUUCCGGGGCCUUCUCGCUCUCCUUUCAGCCGUUGGGGAUGGGCACCUUCUCCUUUCCCAUCUCUUCCCGGUCCAGCCCCACCCAUCCCUGGGUACCUGCAAUUGCUCAGUACUGGAAACCGGUUCCUGCCAGUCCACCCAUCUCUCAGCCUUGGCAGCAGCUGUUGCCCCUCAGCCCCCUCCCCUCCCUACCUCAAGAAUCAGUCUGGUUCCCGGAAGGCUCAUGACUGAGCAGCAGUCGGUGGGGGCAGGGAGAACCCAGUAAACCCGGACAGCACACAAGCCCCACUCGGCUUAGCCUCUGCAUGGCACAGACCCUCUCCACUGGGGUCCUGAGCUGGACCCAGCCACCCUCAGCCCCUGUGAUGUUCCCACCCUGUUGGGGCUUGGGGUAGUCCGGGUUUGGGGGCUGUGUCUUUAAGGCUGAACCAUCAGCAAGCAACCUCUGCUGGGCCGAGCGUUCAGGAGAGGGGGAGGGGAGCUGGUCAGUCCAUUAGCCGUAAAGCUGGCGCCAGGCACCAGCCCUUCCCAGGGCUCUGGGGAUUAGGUAGAGAGAGACCAGCCCUUCCCCAGCCCCUCUGCCUCUGCUCUCCUGUCCCCCACUUCUCCCUGGGUGUGGUGAAGGAGGGGGUAGUUGACAGCAAGUGAAAGUAGAGCCCAGCCUUUAGGGGACAGGUUGAGGCGCAAGCUCUGGGGCCUAAGCCAGGCCAACUCUCCCUCCACCUGGCCUCCUCCCUACUCAUGUGCCAGCAGCCUGCGCUUUAACCUCAGGUCCUCCUGUCCCCUAAUUUUUACCGGCUCUUUCAGACAGGGACCCCUGCUCGAGUCAGGCUCUCCCACUCUAGGCUCCAGCUUCCGAUGCUUGCUGGAAGGUGCUGACCCUACCCCUGGCCUGCCUGUGGUGCCACCCCUGCUUCCUUCCCCGCAAGCAACAGGGAGAAUCAAGUAGGCAGAGCACCGGCAACCGGGGAGGGGAGGGCGCGGCGCCCCUGCUGUUCCGCAGGGGUGGGGCAUCCCCCUCCCCACACAGCCCCACUCUCCCCGGCCGUCAGGCCAGUGGGAGGAGCUGCCCGUGCCCCCCCUGAGACCGCAGGGCUAUAAAGCCGCCUCACAGCGGUCUGCGGCUCCUUCCCAGCCCCUGGCCCAGCUCUGCGAACGGUGACUGCCCACCCUCGGCCAUGAGCCACCACCCGUCGGGCCUCCGGGCCGGCGUCAGCUCCACCUCAUACCGCCGCACCUUCGGGCCACCGCCCUCACUAUCCCCGGGGGCCUUCUCCUACUCGUCCAGCUCUCGCUUCUCCAGCAGUCGCCUGCUGGGCUCGGCGUCCCCGAGCUACUCCGUGCGCCUGGGCAGCUUCCGUGGCCAGCGAGCGGGCGCGGGCACCCUCCUGCGCCUGCCCUCGGAGCGCCUCGACUUUUCCAUGGCCGAGGCCCUCAACCAGGAGUUCCUGGCCACGCGCAGCAACGAGAAGCAAGAGCUGCAGGAGCUCAACGACCGCUUCGCCAACUUCAUAGAGAAGGUGCGCUUCCUGGAGCAGCAGAACGCGGCCCUGCGCGGGGAGCUGAGCCAGGCCCGGGGCCAGGAGCCGGCGCGCGCCGACCAGCUGUGCCAGCAGGAGCUGCGCGAGCUGCGGCGGGAGCUAGAGCUGCUGGGCCGCGAGCGCGACCGGGUGCAGGUGGAGCGAGACGGGCUGGCGGAGGACCUGGCAGCGCUCAAGCAGAGGUUGGAGGAGGAGACGCGCAAGCGGGAGGAUGCGGAGCACAACCUGGUGCUCUUCCGCAAGGACGUGGACGAUGCCACCCUGUCCCGCCUGGAACUAGAGCGCAAGAUUGAGUCUUUGAUGGAUGAGAUUGAGUUCCUCAAGAAGCUGCACGAGGAGGAGCUUCGAGACCUACAGGUGAGCGUAGAGAGCCAGCAGGUGCAGCAGGUGGAGGUGGAAGCAACCGUGAAGCCGGAGCUGACUGCGGCGCUGAGGGACAUCCGAGCACAGUACGAGAGCAUCGCAGCGAAGAACCUGCAGGAGGCGGAGGAGUGGUACAAGUCCAAGUACGCAGACCUGUCCGACGCCGCCAACCGGAACCACGAGGCCCUGCGCCAGGCCAAGCUGGAGAUGAACGAGUCCCGACGCCAGAUCCAGAGUCUGACGUGCGAGGUGGACGGACUGCGCGGCACGAACGAGGCGCUGCUCAGACAGCUGCGGGAGCUGGAGGAGCAGUUCGCCCUGGAGGCGGGCGGGUACCAGGCGGGCGCCGCGCGGCUCGAGGAGGAGCUGCGACAGCUAAAGGAGGAGAUGGCGCGGCACCUGCGCGAGUACCAGGAGCUCCUCAACGUCAAGAUGGCCCUGGACAUCGAGAUCGCCACCUACCGCAAGCUGCUGGAGGGCGAGGAGAGCCGGAUCUCUGUGCCGGUCCAUUCCUUUGCCUCCUUAAGUAUAAAGACCACUGUGCCUGAGGUGGAGCCUCCCCAGGACAGCCACAGCAGGAAGAUGGUUCUGAUCAAGACCAUUGAGACCCGGGAUGGGGAGGUGGUGACAGAGUCCCAGAAGGAGCAGCGCAGUGAACUGGACAAGUCUCCUACUCACAGCUACUGAACCCCUUGGUCUGGAGAUUCCUGACCCUGCCCUAAGCCUGCUCUAAGCCCAAAUCCUAACAGCAAAUAGCAGUCCUCAAUUAGUCUUCCCUCCCUCUGCAUGUGUCUAUGGGGUGGUACCAGUCCUUCCUUUCCUGGCCCACAGCCCCUGACGGGCCCCUGGCCCACCAGUCCUGACCAGCAGUCGCUGGGCAUGUCCCUGCCCUGACACAGAUGUAACCCAGGUGCUCUCCUUUUCCUGUCCUGGUAAAAGGCCAAUGACCUCCAGGGCAAGUCUACUGCAGCCAUGAUCCUAUGACCAGUGGGUGGGCCAGGAUCUGAGUUUCACUUCUGAAUCAAGUAAAACUGCUGUCAAGAGAAA